AUGCGAAUGCCGGUCUUCUUGUUCUUCCGUCCAAACAAACAGAAAAAGAUACACUUCCAAUCGAUCGGGGAGCUGUGUUAUCUCAUUACACAAGCCAUGAGGUACAUUUGCAGGACCUGUUCGCGUAUGGCCGAUCCUGCGGCAGCCAAGAAUCUCUUCGAGCCAUCGAGUUCUUCCGUUUUGCGGCAAAUAGAGACCUUAACCAAUUUGCAGUUAAAAGAGGACGACAAGUUGCCCAGGCUCAUGUGCCAGGAUUGCCAGCACGACCUGCAGAUUGCCAUCGACUUUCGUCGGGUUUGCAUCGAGGCCCAGGAGCUCCUCGAACUUCAGUUGAGGCAGGUGGAAAAAGAGGAGGAGGCUUUCGAAAGCCUGGCGGAGCAAUGGUUGGAUGACUGUCCGGAGGAGCUAUCCAACUUGUCGCCAGCUCUGCAGGUGAAUGAUGGAGUGGAUUUUUUCUUUGAUCCGGAGCCACAGGACAAUGGAGGGGAGGCUGCCAUGGCGAAUGAUUUUCAGCCAGUGGCUAGUCCGCAAUGCUCUCCAGAACUAUCUACAGAUAGCCAGUUGUCGGAUGAGCACUCUAACAUAGUACUUUUUCCCGAAUCGGAGCCGGCAAGUCCUUCAGAAAGUGAAGCAAUCGACAAUCCGGACACUUCCAGUCACACCUGCAGCAAGUGUGGCCUAGAUUUUGAAAACGUGGACGAACUGAAGCUGCACAAGUACCAUCUGCACGACGUCCCUCCAGAUACCAAAUUCGUUUGUGACCACUGCGACGAGGGCUUCCGAUCAGCCGCCGCACUCACGCGGCACUGCAACAUAAUUAAUCUUCCAAUGACGCACCCCUGCUCCACGUGCAAGGGCAAGUUCCACAAUCAGAUCCUGCUGCAGACCCACAAGGAGCGAUGUCCAAGGCCGGCGGCAUCCCAGCAUGUGUGCCACAUAUGUGGCAAGCGGCUGACAACGGCCUUCAAUCUGAAGAAUCACCUGGUUCGCCACGCAGGCAAACGACCGCACAAAUGCGACCAGUGCAGCGCAUCCUUUUACACAGCCGCCGAACUUUGCUCCCACCAGAAAACCCACACAACCGAGCGUCCCUACACCUGUCGCUACAACUGUGGAAAAAGCUUCCGCUUCUGCAGUGCCCGCAGCAUGCACGAAAGGGUUCACAUGGACGCCAGCAAGCGUAUCUACCAGUGCGAGUACUGCCCCAAGUCGUAUGUAACACCCAGCGAGUGCAGAGCUCAUCAAAAGUAUCACAACUUGACUCGCGAUCACGGUUGCGAAAUCUGCCGCAUUGGCUUCAAGACAGUCAAGCACUACAAAUCCCAUUUGAAGUCCAACGCCCACAAAACUCUAGAAGCGCGAGCCAAAGCCGCUGCGUCCUCCAGUUCCCGUCGAAGAAAUUGUUCAACGAAUUGAAUUCAUUAUUGUCAAUUGCAUUUUAAUUAUAUAUACCGAAUUGAUAUUAAUAAAGCUUCCGUUACGCAUU